ACGUACACUCACGAACUGUCAAACUGUGAAAGAAAGUCGUUUACCAGUUGUCGGCUGUUGGCAACAAAAACAAUCUCUGCACAAUGCAAACGUAAACAUUGGUCUCGCCGUCUAUAAGUGAAAGUACUGACAGUUUUUAUCCUUCCUUCGGGUAAUAGUUGCACCAUAGAUGAAAGAGUGAUGUGAUAGCACUUGCGGCACUAGCAAACGGUAACGGAAUGUGCGUACGAUCUGGGCUGCAAUGCUGCAAUUAGUGUUGUCUAGUCAAAUGGACUACGGUUUUUGUUGCUGUAUUGGUGACUGUGUGUGCGCGUGCAGCAGUUGGAGCGAGUGAGACGGCAAGAUGUAAUUUAGAUCAACGCAUACUGAAGACAUACCCUAGCGCAGCAGAACGCAGCCCGCUCGAUGACGUCACAGCACGACGACACGCACGACCCUUCCAACGGACUUCCACCGAACUUCCCCAUUAUCUUUUCAACAUGCUAGAUACUGGAUAGAGUCUCGCACCUCACUUCUCCUAUUUUACUCUAGUAUCCAACCUUCCCUCCUCAAUCCUCUCUCCUCCUCCCUAUCCUAUGUAACUCUCUAUAUCCGUCUCUCUUUAUCUCCUUCUCUUUCUAUCUCUAUCUAUCUCUUUCUCUCUUGGCACCCUUUUCCAUGCGCAAACAUACCCCAGCGACAACGUGAGUGACUCCGUGUGGCCGCGCAACCCGGGGGGUGCAGCGGAACCUUGCCAGCGUUCUCUUCAGUUCUCGCGGCGCUCUCGCAACCGAUUCCAACGCUCCAAAGCCGCCGUCUUUGCCGUACUUCGCUUGCGUAUAUGUGCGCGUUGCGUGUAUACGCGAGAAGACUGAAAAAACGCACUGAGAAUACGCGAGAGCAAAGCGCAAUUGCGGCCGCGUGUACUUGGAGCGCCACAGCCAGACGGCGGCGGUGGCCGGCUGCGUGUAGUAGUACUCAGUCACACUCGCUGGGAGAAGGUUUUUUUAGUCCACAAACGAUAGAGAAACGGUGCGGAUAUAGCUCCCGCUUGCGCGUGCGGUUCCGCGAUCCACACAACCCUAUGCCCUGUGCGUGCAAAGUUCGCAGAGUGAAACGCACAGAAUCGACGGGAAAGUGCAAGUGGGAAACCAAGAGAAGCGUGAGAGUGUGAGUGUGUGUUAGAGAAAGGGAAACCGUGCAUUGAAAGGUGUUCUUAUAACCAGCACAAACCCACCCAACAACCAUGUGCUCGGCAGCCUCUAAUCGGCCUCCAUAAGCUUCGCGGUUGGUGCAGCAGUGGGACUUAGCUGAUCAUUAGCAACUGCGAAAAAGAGCAGAAAAGAGUAAUCAAGCAGUGUACGCACACCGACACAAACGCCACAAGUUCUUGCGCGUGUUCAUGAUCAACAGUUGCGCGAUUGUUGCCUUUUACACUUGCUCUGCUAACAACAGUGACCGAGAAACAGAAAACAAAACGUCCAAACAUCGUUGCAGUCCGGCCGCAAAGAUCCUCGAGCCCACGAGAGGAGCAGAUAGUGUGGCAGCAAAACGUAAACAAAAAACAACCUCCUCAUGUUCUCACAACCAUACGCACACACAUGCAAAGAGGGACAAGCGAUACGGGAAAAUGAGGGAGGAGGUAAAUAAUGUUAAAAAAUACCACACAUCAUCUUCAUUAGCGGCCGUCGAGAGGAGCAAGAUUAUCAGCGGCAGCAGUCGUUGGUCGUAGUAUCACUCCAGCACCCAUUCCGAGGCGCGACGGGAACGGGUUGUGUGGGUAAUGAGCGGUGGUGGUGGUGGUGGUAGUGCGGCUGCGGUUUGGCUACAUCUGUCCCUGCACGGUCGCGUACGAUCGCAGUCGGCAUCCGUCCUUCGAGCGGCCACGAUCGCGAUCAUCAUUCAGCGCAAGAGUUCGGGGUUCGUUCCAAUUACGCGGUUUAAGUGCUCCAGUAAGCAGUGUAGGAAGAAACUAAAGUUUAAUGCCGUUUGCGUGAACGUUACUGUAGUUUUCCGGGAGUGUUAUACCGGCAAACACUCAGCACGAUCGAUUGAGCGACGCACAAAAUUCAGAGAGAGAGACACACGCACACAGUGAAUGAUUAAUUCUUUGUUUACCUUUUCUGUUCACCCCCUGGGGUCACCCCCUCAGUGCAAUCGGAACUGCAGUGCGUGCCGUACCGUGCCGUGCGUGCAAUCGUCCUCCUCGGCAAGCGGCUACGCACGUAUGCGUUACGGCUUCUCGCCCACGGCUCGAUCGUGAGUAAGCAGCACGCACGUCGGUUCGGUCGAGUCGGUCGGUUCGGUUUCGCUCUCACGACGCCCUCUCACAUAACACAGAAAAAGGCCGGCUCACGCGCGGUUUCAACGCGGUGAGCAAACGCAACAGCAGUACGUCGCCUCCGUCUGAUUUGGAACCGAGUCCGGUACCGUCGGCACCCUCAGUCUCGUUUUCAAACUCGGAGACCAAAGGUGACGAACGCUCCCGAGUGUGUGUGUUGGCGCACUCGUCUCUGAAAAGUCGUCAAAUACGCACGACGCACGCACAAUUGUGCGACUGAAAGGGGGUUGGUUCACUGUUUGAAAUUUAGAGAAACCGUCUAUCACUGUUCAACCCAGCAAGCCCAAAAGUGAAAGUGAAAGUGAAAUUUGGCCACCAAGAGGAAGCAGUUUUGGGGGCAGUGCUCGGACGAUAAGCAACUCCAAGAACCAACCCUGAAAAGUCGACCACCAGGCGUCACGUGCGUGAGCGCAGCUGAAGAAUCUUAUAUGUGCGUGCAACAACGGUUCGCGUUGCACCAGUGUGUUGUUGCAUAAUUUUGAACGCUUGCAACCAGUAACACACACUCAUACGUGGCAACCUCGUCCUCGUUUUCUACGAAACCGAAACCGCCAAAAGGGCACCGGCAGGGUAAGGUGAUGUAGAAAACGGCUGCCAGCCAGCCAGCCAGCUCGGUGCAUCGGUUUGAUGGUGGCAAACCGAAAAUAGCGGACAGAAAAAGUUUUGGCGAAAAAUAAAAAAUAAACUACGUUGGCAAAUUGGUGUCAACCCCACAAAGAGUGUUCGAGUGUGUGGCUGUGAGUAGUGAAAGUGUUUUUUUUUGUUAUUUGGGGUUGAAAGUUUGAAACUACUCAAGCUGGAUUUGGAAAAUCCCCAGCAGUACUAGCUGAAAAUUAUCCUCCCAAGAAAAGGAGUUUUUGUUGGAGAGCUGCCAGUUGUCUGCAUUUGAUCCGGAACAAGGUUCCGGAAUGUGAAGCAGUGUAGAGUGUCGAUAGUUCCUUUGUCGCUCAAUUUAAGGCUUAUAAUUGAAGUGUCAAGUACUUCGAACGUUGUUCAACGAGUGAUAAACGGGUGUGUUUGUGUGUGUGUUUUGUAAUUUCCUUCCACUUGGCGUCGAGCACAGCAGCAAAAAUGGUUGCAAAAGGCGUCCGAAAUCAGUACCUAGCGACGUACUGUGCGAAUCUCGCCACACUGAUCUAUGGUCUGUCGAUAGGAUGGCUUUCGCCCAACCUGAUCCUGAUGUCGUCGGACGACUCGCCGCUGACGACGGGCAAAAUCACCAGCGAGGAGCAGGGCACGGUUGGUUCCAUUGGUACGAUCGGCUGCAUGCUGGCUCCGCUUGUCUGCGGCUGGGUGGCCGAAAUUGCUGGCCGAAAGUCCGCCCUGAUGCUGAUCGGUGUGACGCAGCUGGUUAGCUGGGCCGUGAUGCCGUUCGCCACCAAUCUGUCCGUCAUCUAUGCGUCCCGCAUCUUUGGUGGAUUUGCCGGAGGCGGAACCAUGUCUAUAGUGCCAUUGUUUGUGUCGGAGAUAUCGGAGGAUAGAAUACGAGGAACGCUCGGGACGAUGCUCGCCAUAUCGUGCAACGUUGGUAUCCUGCUAGGCUUCAUCAUAUCUCACUAUGUAAACUACUGGGCCGUCACAUACCUGGCACUGCUACUAUGCGUCGUUUAUUCGCUUGGUUGCUGCUUCUUGCCAGAAUCUCCACAGUAUCUGUUCAUCAAGAAGAAGAAAGAGAAAGCUAUAAAGGCCCUGCGAUUCUACCGCGGCGAGGAAGCCGAAAGUGAAACAUCACAGUUUACCGCCGAAGUGGCCCGCUUUAAGGACAUCCACAACGUUGGUACACCGAAAAAGAAGGACUCCAACCAGAUUCACAUCAAAGACUUCCUGACACGAUCGCGCUGGAAGCCAAUCCUGAUCUGUGUGAUUGUGAUCAUGUUCCCAGCCGGUUCCGGUUCCAUACCGCUAAUGACGUACACGGAAAGGAUCUUCCAGGAGUCUCACUCAAACCUCAGCCCGGCCAUAUCCUCGAUCGUGGUGGCGAUGCUGCAGCUCAUCGGUUCGUACGUCUCGACUAUGACGGUCGAAAAUGCGGGCCGCCGGGUGCUGCUGGUCGUAUCGACGCUCGGUUGCGCCGUCUGCACCACCACGAUGGGCACAUACACCUUCCUGCAAGCGAUGCGCGUCGAGGUGGACUGGUUCCGGUGGGUGCCGGUCGCCAGCAUGUCUGCGCUAGUCUUCAUCAAUGCCAUCGGCAUCGGUAUUGUGCCAUUCAUUAUCAUGACCGAAAUCCUCGAUCCGAAGAUCCGCGGCUCGGUCGUCACCUUUUGUCUGCUGGAGUUUUCCGGCGUCGCGUACCUAGUCGUCAAGUACUUCCCGAUCGCGGUUGAGCAGCUCGGGAUGCACUCGUGCAUGUGGUUCUUCUCCUGCUGCUGCGUCGCGUCCGCCACCUUCGUCCUCACCUGUAUGCCGGAGACGAAGGGCAAGAGCUUCGAGCAGAUCUCCGAAUCUCUGAAUGGUGGCAAGAAGUCCGGCCACAAGGAUGUCGCUCCGACGGCCGUCCGUAAACAAUGCAGGUUUGCAGUCGCAAUGGAGCAGGAGCAGCAAGGUCCGCCCGAACGUGCGAGUAUUUGGGCACGGAAAAACCUUAACCAGGUGCUGGCAGUGAUCCGAAUUCACAUCAUCACCGCCAGCUAUGGAGUGACUGUUGGAUGGCCUGCACCGAUUAUCCCACUACUGCGUUCUCCGGAGACUCCGCUACCGAGUGGACCGGUGACGGUGGAUGAAGCAUCAUGGAUUGGUUCGACACUGUGCAUAGGUGGCACAAUCGGAACGAUUCUCUUUGCCAUCAUUCAUACGUAUUUCGGGAAGAAGAUAGCACUUCUACUUACCUCCGUACCACACAUCAUCCUGUGGACGUUGAUCCUCGUCGGGGACAACGUGUGGUACAUCUAUGGGGCACGCUUUUGCAGUGGACUGACCGGCGGUGGUGUGGUCAGUGUUGUUCCGCUUUACAUCGCCGACAUUGCGGAUAAGAAGAUUCGCGGCACUUUGGGAUCACUCACGAUUAUUUUCAUCAACAUUGGACUGGUGUUCAUCUACGCAGCCGGAAACUAUCUCCCUUACGAUCUCAUUCCAAAGAUUAUGCUCGUGUCUCCGGUAGCGUUCAUUGUGCUGGUGAGCUUCCUGCCCGAAACCCCCUACUGCUUGCUAAAGAAGGGGCGUCUACUUGAGGCGGAACGAUCGCUCAUGUUCUACCGUAACAUCUCCGACCAGCAAUAUCAGACGGCCGAGUUUACGACGGAGUUUGACGAGCUGAAAAGCUUCGUCCACACGCAAUCGACUCAGUCGCGAAUCUGUUGGGCGGAUUUUACUACACCGGAAGCAAAGCGAGGACUCUUUAUUGGCGUGUUUGUGAUGGCCCUAAACCAGUUUAGUGGCAUCUUUGCUAUCCUUACGUACGCUGGUACAAUCCUUCAGAUGUCCGGUACUGGCAUUGAUCCUAAUGUGGCACUUGUGCUUGUUGCCAUCCUUAAUAUCUGCGGCAAUCUUACUUCAUUUGCCAUCAUCGAUCGUGCUGGUCGGAAAAUAAUGCUACUGCUCUCUGCCACCGGUGUCGGUUUGGCAUUGGCCGUACUUGGUGCCCACUCGUAUCUGCUCACGAUCGGCUACGACCUGCAGGGUGCCGAGUGGUUGCCCGUGUUGGCACUGGCGCUUACACUGUUCCUGGGCGCUAUUGGCAUAACGAAUAUCCCUUUCUUCAUCGUCCCCGAAGUGAUGCCGCCGAAGCUUCGUAGCAUCGGAAGUACUAUCAGCGGGACACUUCUUUGCAUGUUUGCGUUCGUCACCGUGAAGCUGUACCCGAUCAUGAUGGUGAACAUCCAUAUCUACGGGACGGUGUGGAUAUCGUCCGGAGUCUGUGCGAUCGCUGUAGUAAUUAUCAUCUUUCUGAUACCGGAAACAAAGGGCAAAAACUUGAACGUACAAAGUGACAGUAAAAAGUGAUUCUGCCUUACGACGAUUGGAGCAUAGUACAAAUAAUAUAACUUCUUUAUCUACAUGAGAUUAAAACUGUUAAUCUAAAUAAAACUUAAUUUAGAAAUGUAAAUGUUCCAUUCUCAUUCACUAGAUCUAUUAAAUAAAUCACACCCCCUUAGUAAAAA